CCGCUGUAACAUCACGAAGUGACAGCCAUGACGAGAUCUUGCGUCCUGAUAGCGCUUCUGCUCGCUGUUGCCAUGGGUACCAAGCUCUCGCUCGCCGACCGCGAGAGCCGCGGCGGUGGCGGCAUCCCUGCCACCCUCGGCCGCGAGCUCCGGGAGUUCAUCUCCAAGGCCAGCGACUUCCUCGGCGCGGCGCGCCGGGCGGGAGCGGAUGGAUGGCACACCGCCGACGCCGGCGUGGUCAGGGCGUCCGUGAGGAGCACGUCGAGGCGGAGGCGGGCGAGGAAGUCCGCCGCGAACUGCAUCCCCGCCGACAUGUGCCGCAAGAAGAAGGUGCUCUGCGGCAAGAGGUGCUACAGGUCGAGCUCCAGUAGCAGCCUCAGCCACGUCCCGACCACCAAAUGCGUUGUCAAGUGCAAGAAAUGCGUGCCCACCUGCUAGAUUUUUCCUCAUUGUAGCGAGAUUCCAUUCCACGGUUUCACAAGAACUUUCCUAUAUCCAUAUAGAUUCGGUUGAAUAAGCAGGCAAGUCUAAUUCUAACGCAUGCAGUAGGCAGGAGCUCUAGAAUUUCAUUGCUUUUACUACUUUCUUCUCGCUAAGUUUGGAUAAUGUAAGCCGGAUGUAAUUUUUCCCCU